AUGGCUGUCGCCUCGAUCCAGGACCGAACCGCGGAGUUCAAGUCGGUCCUUGCCCAGGCCCAGCGUCGCCAGAAUGCGAACAAGGUGGGCUCGCAGCGGAGAUCGCUGCUCAACGAUGCGCAAAAGUCUGCCGCGAACGGAGAUGCUCGAGCGAGGAGAUCAGACUUUGCCCGGAAGGCCGCCGAGAUUGGCAGAGGCAUCGCGGCCACCAUGGGCAAGCUGGAGAAGUUGGCGCAACUCGCAAAGCGUCGCACACUCUUCGAUGACCGGCCGGUGGAAAUCAACGAGCUCACCUUCGUCAUCAAGCAGGACUUGUCGUCGCUCAACCAACAGAUUGGCGCCCUGCAGGCAAUGUCCAAGCAGCAGCACCCCAAGGCUGACCAGGAGGGCGAGCACAACAAGAACGUAGUGUAUCUGCUGCAGGGCAAGUUGACGGAUGUCUCUGUCAAUUUCAAAGACGUGCUGGAAGCCCGGACAAAGAACAUCCAAGCCUCGAGGUCGCGAACCGAGAACUUUAUAUCCACCGUGUCCCAGCAUGCGCAGCCGUCGCUGCACCAAUCCGCCUCGCCCCUGUACGGCACCCCCAAUCGCGCGUCUCCUGCGCCUGGCAACGACACUCUCUCGCUGAAUCCAGGCCCGAUAGGGGACCAGCAGCUGUUAAUGAUGGAGGAGGCGAACCCCACCAACACGUAUAUCCAGCAGAGAGGCGAGGCCAUUGAGGCCAUUGAGCGGACAAUCAACGAGCUGGGAGGCAUCUUCAGCCAGCUGGCCACCAUGGUAUCCGAGCAGAGCGAGAUGAUUGAGCGGAUCGACGCCAACACGGAAGAUAUUGUGGACAAUGUGGAGGGGGCACAGCGCGAGCUGAUGAAGUAUUGGUCGAGAGUCUCCAGCAACCGAUGGCUGAUAGCAAAGAUGUUUGGAGUUCUGAUGAUUUUCUUCUUACUAUGGGUUUUGGUCUCGGGGUAA